UUUAUUCUGCAGAUCUGAUAUAUUUACAUUCACUAAUAUUCAACAUAACCAGUAUUCAAGGAAAAGACAGAAACAGAAAAAGGGUCCGUACCGCUGUGGCUGACGUUCUUCUUGGAAUAGAUUGGAAACGAAAUUGAUAAAUUGUGACUGAGACGAGAAUUUUGUUCAUUACUUCUUAAUCUUCGACAGAAAUUUUGGACUGCAAAUUGAAGAUUAAUUUACAAUUUUUCUGCAUGAUUUUUGACAAUAAUUUCUAAACUUUUGUGAUACUGUAGAAGAUCUUGGAAUACAAUGGGGUUAUUGAGUUAUUUGAGGAAACUUAAAUCUGACAGUGUCAAAGAGAUGCGAAUACUUUUGCUUGGUCUUGAUAAUGCCGGUAAAACAACAAUUUUGAAGAGUCUAGCUUCAGAAGAUGUCACACACAUUACCCCCACACAGGGUUUCAACAUAAAAAGUGUUCAAACAAAAGGAUUCAAAUUGAAUGUGUGGGAUAUUGGUGGUCAAAGGAAAAUCAGACCAUAUUGGAGAAAUUAUUUUGAAAACACGGAUGUGCUGAUUUAUGUUGUGGAUAGUGCUGAUAGAACUCGAUUAGAGGAAACAAAUUUAGAAUUGGAGGAGUUAUUUAAUGAAGAUAAGUUGUUGGGAGUUCCAGUUCUUGUCUAUGCCAACAAGCAAGACUUAUUACACUCAGCCAAGGCGUCAGAAGUAGCAGAGGGACUCGGACUGGCUAAAUUACGAGAUAGAAAUUGGAAUAUACAAGGAUGUUCAGCAUUAAGCGGAGAAGGUCUUCAGGAUGGCAUGGAAUGGGUGAUGAAGAAUGUUACUAAACACAAGAAAAAGUGACAACUUUGUGCUUUUUGUUUAAUUGUAAAAUGGGACUUCAGGUUCAAUCCAGCCAGUGGCAUCCCUAGUUCUCUACCAUCACUGCGUUUUGUAAUAUCUGUACAUCGUUUGUGCUCAUUGUGCAUAUAUAUCUUGGUUCUUUAUCAGACCGAAUAUUUCUAAGUAUUUGCUAGUUUAUAGCAACAAACCUCCUUUCUGUACGUCUUGCUUUUUAAAUUUAUCGACAUAACCUGCCUAAAAGUGUAUAUGGUGCUUUCAAUGGUACAUUAGGAAAUGACAUAAUUGUAUUUAUAUUUGCAAGCUGUAAAAAAAUGCUGAUAUUUAUUAAAUUCAAUAUUAUUUGUAGAA